CAUUGCUCGCCCGCGAGACUCUUCUUCGCCCACCUCGGCCACCAACCGCGCCGAACUGCCUUUCGCUUCUCCGCAUACAGGCGUCGUAUACGUGCGAGAAAUAGUUAGACGGAUACAGAAACACACAUAGAGACAAGGACCAUCAAAACGUCACAAUGGCGUGGGACCACCUCUCCAUCACAAAGCCGCAUCUGGUCUACCUGAUCCUUGGAGGCUUCACUAGUCUGUUCAUGCUGUGCUCCUCUGUGAUCAAGGAGCGUCUGUACAUUGGUGAAGCCACAGUCGCGACAAUCUGUGGUAUCAUAUUCGGUCCACAUGCCGCAAACCUCAUAGAUCCAUCAACCUGGGGCAACGUCGACUUGAUCACCCUCGAGUUUUCGCGCAUUGUCCUUGUCGUGCAAUGUUUCGCUGUCGGUGUCGAGUUGCCUCGCGCAUACAUGGAGAAGCACUGGAAGUCAGUCGUGGCACUACUGCUUCCAGUCAUGACUUUUGGCUGGCUAAUAACUAGCCUGUUCAUCUGGGGCCUGUUCCACUCUCACCUCAACUGGCUUGACAGUCUUUGCGUUGCAGCUUGUGUGACUGCCACAGACCCUGUCUUAGCAUCAUCAGUCGUCGGUAAAGGCAAGUUCGCCAAGCGAGUACCCAAACAUCUUCGAGACUUGUUGUCCUGUGAAUCUGGCUGCAACGAUGGCAUGGCGUUCCCCUUCGUUUACUUGGCCAUCUACUUGAUUCACUACCGACCAGACGCCAACGCGGUCGCUUAUCACUGGUUUUGUUACACCAUCCUUUAUGAAUGCAUCUUCGGCGCCUUCUAUGGAGUUGUCGUUGGAUACAUUGCGCGUCGCGCUAUUCGGUGGGCGCACGAGAAAGAUCUCAUUGAUCGAGAGAGUUUCCUCGUCUUCUACUUCGUGCUGGCGUUGUUCUGUGCUGGCUCCGGUGCCCUGCUGGGCAUGGAUGACUUGUUGGUGGGCUUCGCCUGUGGUGUAGGCUUUUCCAACGACGGAUGGUUCCUGGAGAAAACCGAGGAAUCCCACGUAUCCAACGUUAUCGACCUGCUGAUCAAUUUGGCAUUCUUCGUCUAUUUUGGAUCCAUCAUCCCCUGGGAAUUGUUCAACGCACCGCUCAUCGGGAUAACACCAUGGCGUCUCGUUGUGCUCGGCAUUCUGGUACUUUUCUUCCGCCGUAUUCCGAUUAUGUUGGCGCUCAAACCUGUCAUUCCCGACCUUAAGACCUGGCGAGAGGCGUCCUUCGCUGGACAUUUCGGACCCAUUGGCGUCGGUGGCCUGUUUGUAGCGAUCCUUGCAAGAGCCGAGCUGGAGACUGAUACGACGACCCCGCUAGCCGUACUACCGGAGGAGGGUUUCGAGCAUUUGAACAUCAUCGAGAUGAUCUGGCCCAUUACAUGUUUCUUGGUCAUCGUUAGUAUCAUUGUUCAUGGAAGUUCAAUCGCUGUCUUUACCCUUGGAAAACGCAUCAAUACCCUGACAAUUUCCAUGUCCUACACCCAAGCGAACGAGAACGGGCCCGGCUGGAUGGAUCGUCUUCCCCGCAUCCAAUCACGCUCCAGAUCUUCUAUGGCUCGACGUCCCUCUGAAUCAUCCAUGGAUGAAAAGUCAGAGCUCGCGACGGCAGGUUUUGGCAGCAGUUUCCUACGUCGUCAGAAGGAAGAGGACAGUAACUCUGUAAAGCCUGCGAACCGAGGCAGGCGCUGGGAUGCUGGUCGAGGUCCAGGUGGACCAAUCUCGCAGUCCGCCAUUGGUCCUGCUAGGCGUGAUGAAGAGAAGGGGCUACCAGCAGAACUCGAAGACACUGGUACCUUUGCUGAUACGAUGGCCAUCUCUAGCGACAGUUCAUCGAGUGGUAAAGAGAAGAUGAAGGGCCAGGUACCAGAAGAAGAGAUGUAUCAGGAGGGCCAUGAGACUGUCAUCGAGGAUGAAGAAGGAAAUGUUCUCGGUGUAAGAGACAGUCAUGGUGAGCACGGUGCGGAGAGGCAAAGGCAUGACCGUGAGAGGGCGCAGGAGCUCAUGCGUACAAAGCAUGUCCACGGUGGCGUGUCGCAAGAUGAGCAUGGCGGCGCACUCGAAGAAGCACCCGGUCGCAUUGAAAACGCGAUUGAACACCCUCAUAAAACCUGGCGCAACCGAAUGCAAAGUUACAAGGGUCAGAGUCAAAAGGAAAAGGCCACAGAACCACCAAAGGCAGAGAAGCCAGCCCAGAAAUCAAGCCACAAGAACGGCCCCGCCCUCGCAUACCAAUAUGGUAAUACCAUUAUUGUUGAGGAUGAGGAUGGCGAGGUCCUGAAGAAGUACGACAUACCGGCCGCUCCAAAGAAGGGGAAGGAUGGCCGACCUGCCAACCAUCGCGGCCAAUCUAUGGUAGAGACGUCUAGUCGUGCCGUUCAGAGUCUCAAGCGAAUGGGAACCCACAUGGGUGUACCAGCACAACAGGCUGGACCAUCGGGCACUCAAGCGGCGAAUAACAACAAAAAGAAACAGAAAGCAGCGGAAGCCGCAGCGAAAGAGCAAGAAGAUGAUGAUCUACUCCGCUUCACCGUAACAGCUGGUGGCCGUCGGAUGAGCAAGCUUGAGUUCAUCCAGCAAAUGUCGCAAAUGAACCCUAAAGACAGGGCGAAGUUUGUACAAGCUAGUGAUGCCCCUGAGGCCGUCAAAGAUGCCGCACACCAAGAUGCUAAGGACCACACUGCGGAACAACGCCGCCGUGCAGCUUCGGUACAAGCAAAUAUGCCCCCGGUUGUUGGAGAAGAGGGCGAGGCCGAACUUCAUAAGAUCGAAUCGCCAGCGGCUAAGGAAGAAGGCCACCGUCGGGGCCCCGAAGGUCUGACAUUAGUGGACAGUAACGAUGAGCAUGUUCCCUUCCACUCCGUACGCCAGGAUCUCGAGAACCGACCCAGCGAUCAGGGUGGCGAAACCGCUGCACAGCGCCGACGUCGCUUAGCUGCGGAGAAUAUACCAGCUGAAACUUCAGGCGGUUCCGCCAUUCUGCCGCCAUCGCAGCAACCAGAAGAAGGGUUUGAAGGCGAAACAGCGGCAGAGCGCAGGCGUCGUCUGGGGGCCCUUGGUGUAGGUAAAGACAAUUCUCCCGAAUCUGAUUCUGAAGAUGAAGAGACUGGUGACCCACUUGAGACUGGUCGUGGUACACACUCGCGCACCGCUGAGCCAAGCCGAAAGACGCUUUCACCUACGCCACGCACGCCUGGUAUCCGUUUCGCAGAUCAACCUAGAGUUCCAACAAGGGAUGAGCGUGCCGCCGAGGAUGCUCGAGAAAAGGAGGAGAGUCAGAAGGAAAAGGAUGGCAAGAAGAAGAGUGGGCUCAGCAAGCUCAUUGGAAGGAAGUAGGUUGUUGAUUUCACUAUAUUUCUUGGGAUCAAAUGUUUAAUUGAAGGUCGAUGCAUUUGUGCUUGCAUAGCGUCGUGGAGUU